CCCCACCCCCAGUUUGCUUCCCGUUAAACCCUCAGCGGCUCUACCUUCUCUUCCUAAAUCAUAAACCCUUCAAACAAUGAAGCUCCUCCAACAUCUCCGCCACCGCCGGAACCACCAACAACGCCGCUGUUACGCCACAAAAUACACCGCUAAAAUAACAUCGACAACCAUCGACGGACGUUCUCUCUCCGCCCAUGUCCACUCCCCCUCUCUUCCUUCCGAUUCUCGCGGCUUCCCUCUUCCUCGCCGUGACCUAAUUUGCAAAAUCACCCAAAUCCUCAAAUCCCCUAAUUCUUCCGACCCUUUCUUUGAUCUCUCUAACUACCUCCAAUCCAUAGCGCUAACCCUAACUCCAUCUGAAGCCUCUUUAAUCCUCAAAUCAAUCCAAUAUUCUCCCCAACUUUCUCUUCAAUUCUUCCAUUUUUGUCCUACCCAUUUCGCCAAUUUCCGCCAUGACACCUUUUCCUAUAAUCGGUUACUUUUUAUUCUAGCCAAUGCAGCGUCGUUUGGUGGGUCGGUUUGGGUUGAUAAAAUUCGUGCUGUGAUUCAAGAAAUGGAAAAGGAAGGAAUUAAGGGGAAUAUAUCGACUGUUAAUAUUUUAAUUGGGGUUUUGGGUGCUAAGGAUGUUGAUUGGUGUUUUCAGUUGUUGAAAAAAUGGGGUUUACAGCUGAAUUCAUAUACUUGUAAGUGUGUUUUACAGGCGUAUUUGAGAUCUUAUGAUAUUGAAAAGGCGUUUGAUGUUUAUAAGAUGAUAAGAAGAAGAGGGUUUAAGUUGGAUAUUAUUCCUUUUAAUAUGCUCUUGGAUGCUCUUGCCAAAAACAAUAAGGCUGAUCAGGCUUACAUGGUUUUUGAGGACAUGAAGAGGAAGCAUUGCGAGCCUGAUGAAUAUACCUACACUAUCAUGAUUAGAAUGACUGGAAAGAUGGGCAAGCCUGAUGAGUCCCUGGCCUUAUUUCAGGACAUGCUAGGGAAGGGCUUUGUGCCAAAUACAAUUGCUUAUAAUACGUUGAUUGAGGCACUUGCUAAAAAUCGAAUGGUUGAUAAGACAAUUUUUCUCUUUUCAAAGAUGGUAAAAAACAAUUGUCGCCCCAAUGAGUUUACAUACAGUUUGAUUCUCAAUGUUCUUGUCGCGGAAGGACAACUUGGCAAACUAGAUGAGAUUGUUGAUUUAUCAAAGAAAUGUGUGACCAAGUCAAUAUAUGCAUAUCUAGUGAGGACACUCAGCAAGCUGGGGCAUGCAAGUGAAGCACAUCGCCUAUUUUGCAAUAUGUGGACAUUUCAUGAUAAGGGAGAUAGGGAUGCUUUCUUGGCCAUGCUGGAAAACUUAUGUAAUGCUGGCAAAACUGUGGAGGCCAUUGAUUUACUGGAUAAGAUUCAUGAAAAGGGGAUAAGCACCGAUACUAUGAUGUACAACACAGUAUUCUCUACUCUUGGCAGGUUAAAGCAGAUUUCCCAUCUUCACGAUCUUUAUGAAAAGAUGAAAAAGGAUGGGCCUGCCCCAGAUAUUUUUACUUAUAAUAUUUUGAUAUCGAGUUAUGGUAGAGCUGGAAAAGUUGAUGAAGCAGUCAAAAUAUUCGAACAGCUCGAGGAGAGUGAUUGUAAACCUGAUAUUGUUUCAUACAACUCUUUGAUUAAUUGCUUGGGGAAGAAUGGUGAUCUUGAUGAAGCUCAUAUGAGGUUCCGGGAGAUGAUAGAGAAGGGAUUGAGUCCUGAUGUUGUCACGUACAGCACACUCAUUGAAUGCUUUGGAAAGACGGAUAAGGUCGAGAUGGCUAGCAGGCUGUUUGAUGAUAUGGUUUCUCAGGGAUGCAGUCCUAAUAUUGUUACAUAUAAUAUCUUACUUGAUUGUUUUGAGCGGAGUGGGAGAACAGCAGAAGCAGUAGAUUUGUAUGCUAAACUCAAACAUCAGGGUUUAACACCUGAUUCUAUAACUUAUUCCAUUCUUGAACGGCUGCAAAGUGGUUCUCUUAGGACACGUAGGAUUCGUAAGCAAAACCCAAUUACUGGAUGGGUUAUUAGCCCUUUACGAUGAUGAGAUACGGAAUGGUUCCAAGCACCUUGCUUGUUUCUAUGAUCAAACUUGGUCGGAGCCCGGGAUGCAAAUUUUCUGUACUCAUGUACUCAUAAUUUGUUAUCUCUUCUCUCUAUAUUUAUUGAGAAGGUAAGAAGUUACUAUGCACGAGCACCACAAUCACUCUAGAUUUCGAGAAAGAUUAUUUUUAUUUGAAUGAACUUUGAAUUCUCGGUUGAUGUCUUAUGCAGACUGGUGUUCUGGCACAUGAUAUAUCUGGGUCUGUUGAUUGUUUGAGAAAGAUUCACUCCUGGUCUUCUGCACUGCAGUCUUGAUAAGCUGGUAUUCAUGGUUGCACCUUCCAUUCUAUAGAGAUAUUUGAGUGUGAGCUUAUCUGCUCAGCCCUCGAAGUUUUUUCCAUGUAAUUUAUAUAUCAUGACGCCUUUGUAAAGUUGAUAAUUUUUAAGUAGAAUCGGGUUUUUUUUCAAUUGGAGCACUACCUACUUUCUGUAGGUAAAGGUCUCGGGGCUUGAUCCUCUCCGAGCCGUUCUAUUUCAUCAGUGUGUCUUGUUCUUGUAACCCAAAUUGUAAAGAAUAAAGUUCACAGUUUAAAGA